AUGAGUGCGUAUGAGCAGGACCAGCUGGUGACGAAGAUGUCAGUUACACUUAGUAAGCCUGAUGACUGGGAGAAGUGGCUGUUUGUGAGAAAAGACACAGCGGACAGAGACGGCCUGUGGCCGUAUGUCAACCCAGGACUGUCAGGGGAAGAGCUCAAGCAGCUACAAGAUGAGAAGCCACAAGAGAAACCUGUGUGGAAGUUCAAGAAGAUACGAGUAUCUGAGGAAGAGCAGGAAGAUGUUGAUAUUGAAGAUCUAUCUGCUGAAGAGAUGUCUGUCUACAGCAUGUGGACAAGAAAGUUUGAGCGCAAGGAGGUACAAUGGCUGCAGAAAGAGAAGGCCUUGAGGAGCUUCAAUUCUGAGAUUGCUAGGACAAUCGACGUGAAGCAUUUGGACCUGAUCAUCAACUGCACAGACCCGUACAGUCGAUUGACAACGCUCAAGAAGCACCUCUGUCCUUCAGUAGGAGAGAGGAAUCACCAGCUACGUAGCCGAUACAGAGCUGUGUGUACAAGACCAAGGAAGACAAACCUGGAUGCAUGGUUUGAUGAGUGGGUGACGAUCACCAGGCUCCUGACAGAGGCAAGAAUGCCGGAGAUUGACAGUAAUCGAUCACAAGAAGACUUCAUACUGUCGAUCAGAGGCCUUGACGAUAGCUGGGCAGCGACACAGCUGCAAGAGCUAAUCAAAAAGGAC